UAAAAAAAAUACAAUCUUGACUGAAAAUUUUCACUCGUGCGAUGUCGGCGGAACUGACUGGAGAAUGUACUCCGGAACUAAGCAAACGACUCUACACAAGGAGGGUUUCGUUGUGUCGGUUGUGCUUACAGGAUUACCCAAAAGACCAACUGGUAGAGAUUUUCGGACGAGGAUCUGACUGGAAGCGACGAAUUUUUUCAGCGGUCGGAAUCAAGCCUCACCGGAAAGACCAUUCGACACGACUGUGCCGCAAUUGUCAGACGAUGUUGGACGUGAUCAUUACCUUUCAGCAGAUAUGCCAACGAAUGAAUCAGCUUCUGAGCCUAGAAAGUCGGGCGAUGAAAAGUGGCUGGAAGAAAGCCACAGAAGCGAUCAAAUCUAUCAACGAAGCUGUCCAGCGAUAUCGAAAUGACGUUUUAAGCAUUGACAAUGGUUUAGAUAAAAUUUCUGAACCUGUUUCUGAGUUCUGUGAGAAAAUCAAGAGCGAAUCCGAAGCAGAGGAGGAACCCACAGAAAAAACUGACGAUCAGAUUCAGCUGUUAGUUGAGAUGGAAAUUAAAGAGGAAAAACCUCAUUACGAAGACUAUCAGCAGCACCAAUCUGAGGAGUCCUCUGAGGACUCAGAAGAAAAACCAAAGAAACAAACUGGUCGCAAAGGUCGCCGGAAAAGGUCGAACCAUUCAAAGUCAAACGAUAAAGUUAUGUGUGAUACUUGCGGACAGUUAAUUUCGCAGGUUUGUCUGGAAGGGCACCUGAAUCGUCAUUUAGGAAUAAAACCGUUUGUCUGUGAGAUUGAAGGCUGCGGACGUCGAUUGCAUUCAAAAUACAGCUUGCAGCAGCAUCGUCACCUACAUAAAUCCAUCAUGCGCUACUACGACUGCCCGGACUGUGGCAAGCGGAUCAAAGGAACCAGCAGUUGGCUACGACACAAGAAGAUGCACACGGAAGAACCAAAGUUUGCCUGUGAGGUCUGCGGAAAGAAGUUCCGACGAAAGACCAACCUGAAACUUCACGCCGUGGUACACACGGGAGUAGCUUUGUACCCGUGUGAAAUUUGUGGCAAAUACUUCACCGUCAAGCACAAUCUAGGUGCUCAUUACAAAACGCAUAAGAAGAAAGGAACGAACUCGCGAACAACGCAACCUCAACUGGAAACCAACUUGAAUCGAUUACCACUAACUGAGGAGCAAAACCAGCUUCCAUACGAAUCGUUGGACCAGUGAAAUUAUCCUACUUUUAGAUCUAAUUUUUUUACAAAAAAAACAAUUCUAAAAUUACCAUUAAUUACUAUUAUUGAAGAAGACGAAUCUCAUAGAGUAAUAUUCCAAACUAACCCUAAAAGCUU